AUGAUCGAGCUUUGUCAGCUGGACAAAGCGGCUGAGAUCUCGCGUCUAGCUGUGUUGGAUAGAUAUCGCAGCAACGACUCAGUCUUCAUCAGCAACGGAAUCAUCGGUGCCAUGUGCGGUGCAAAACGGUAUGAAGAAGCCAUUGCUCUGUUCCACUACUUCUUCAACGAGUCUAACGUUGUUCCAAACAUGGUCUCUUUCAACCACAUCAUCAAAGCUCAUUUUGAAGAGAAUCGUGUAGAAGAAGCACUCCAACUAUUCCAUCACGCCAACAACAGAGGUUUUGAUCCAGACCACGAAACGUACAGGAUUCUGACUAAAGGUCUUGUUAACGCCGGGAGGGUCCAUGACGCUGUGGGUAUAGUUGAUGGGGCGGAUCAUCUGUUGUGCGAUUCAACUGUAUACAGCUAUCUGAUUCGCGGUUUCUUGGAUCAAGGAAACCACGACAAGGCUGAUCAGUUAUUCAAUAGAAUGUCGGAAGAGCUUUAUGAUUACGACGACAUAGCGCUAGUGGAUGCAACAUUUGUGGAUUAUUGGUUCAGACAAGGAAACGAUGAGAAAGCCAUGGAGAUUUACAACAACAAGGAUGGAGAAAAAUUCAUGUCUGCGACGACUGGAAAUACCCUGUUGAAAAUUUUGCUAGACAACGGUAAAAAAUCUGAGGCAUGGGAAUUGUUUGACGAGAUGAUAAACAAUACUACUUAUGAUGGUUUGUUAGGUGCUAAGAGGAGGACUUUCGAUUCCGAGACUUUUAAUAUAAUGGUGAAUGAGUGUUUCAAGCUUGGCAACUUUACCAAGGCCAUGGAGACUUUCGUGUUGGGUGCGUCUUUUGGCGCUUCUGGUUAUAGUAACAUUAUAGAGAGGUUUUGCGAGCGUGGAAUGAUGUCCGAGGCAGAGGGUUUGUUUGAGGAAAUGUGCUCACGCAAAGAUAUGGUCUUGUCUAGUGAGAUUCCUAUAUUGAGAUCAAUGAUCAAGGGAUUCGUUAAGGUUGGGAGAGUGGAUGAUGCUCAACUGAUGUUGAAAAAGAUGGUUGAUGCAAGUGUACUAAAAGUUGCUAUUCAUAAGGCUGAUUAG